AUGGCGGAAGGGCUGGGGGGAAAGGGGGAAGGGGGGCCAGUCCGCUGGGAGCGGCUUCCGCAAGUGCCAGAGGCGGAGCGGAGGCGGCAGGCGGGUGGGGAGCUUUUGGGGGAGAAUCAGCGCAAUAAGUGGGGGCAUGAGGGGCGCAUUGCGCCAAUGGCGGGGGAGGAUGUGCGCCCUUGGCAGAGGGGCGGGGAGGGGGAGAUUCGCCAGUGGCGGAGAGAGGAGGAAGGGGAGAUGCGCCAGUGGCGGAGAGGGGAGGAGGGAGGGGUGCGCCAACAGCAGCGGGGGGAGGAGGGGGGGCUAGUGUGGUGGGAGGAGGAUGCGGAGGGGGGGGCGGAGAGGGGAAUGCACCCACGGGGAAGGGGGGAGAGGGGGAGAGGGGAGGGGGGAACAGCAAGGGGGAGGGGGGAAGGGGGCGAUUUCAACAAUUCUCUAGAUACGCGGACAACACGGGGUGGUAGUGGGGUAAGUGGGGGAAGGAUGAACGAACGGGGGGGGAUGGAGGAAUUGGCAGAGGAAUGGGGUGAAGAGGGAGAGGAAGGGGGAGAGGGCUGGGUGUGGUGGGAGGAAGGGGGGCUGUAUGGGCGAGGUAGGGGAGGAGGAGAGAAGGGAGGAGGAGGAGGGAGAGAAGGCGAAGGGAGGGACGGAGGAGAGAGGAGAGAAGGUGGAAGGGGAGGAGAUGGGAUGGGAGCAGGGAGGGAAGGAGGGAGAGGAGGAGGAGAAGGAGGAGGGGGAGGAAGGGCGUCCUAUGAAGCGCGCCAAGCCAUGCAGGCACAGCCACCGGCAGCGUUUUCCACCGCAGGGGAAGAGGCAGGAAGGGGGAGAGGAGAGGGGAGAGAACGCUCAUGGGGAGUGGGCGGAGGGGCACGAGGAGGGGGAGGGGGAGGAGGGAGAGGAGGAGGGAGUGGCAGGGGAAGGGGGCAGAGGGGAGCAUAUCAAGGUUCAACCAGGGGAGGUGGGAGGGGAGCGCCAUUGGUGCUGCCUGCAGUACCGGAGGAGGUGAUUGGUCGGCACGUGAAGCUCAAACACGUGGAGGAUCUUUGGAACGAGGAUGACGGGCCGCUGGAGAGAGAAUCGGGGCCUGCUUAUAACGAGUAUGGAACUCCGCCUGUAGCCAUCAGUAGAAGCAUGGGCUUUAAGCACUGCACUCCCUUGCAAGCUGCUGUCAUGCCGCACAUACUCGCAGGAGCUGAUCUCUUGGUCAAGGCCAGUUCAGGCACAGGGAAAACCAUGGCUUAUAUGAUUCCCUGUCUUGACAGGCUCCUCUCGGACUUCACUAACUCCCCCACUCGCCUGCUUGCUGGUGCCGGUACCCCAGUGGAGGUGUUGUUGGUGUGCGCUAACAGAGAGAGGGCGGAGGGAGCUUUGCAGCAGGCCCAGCUAUUGCUGCAGCUGCUUCAGACGCCGCAGUUGCAACAGACCGCGCAGGGGAGUUUGCAAGGGCAGGAGGGGGACAGGGGAGUAGGGACGAUGGGGAGAGGAGCAGGUGGAGGGAGGAGAGGAAGAGGCAGAUCGAGGCGGGUGGAAAGGGGACAAGGGAAAAGGGUGGGAGUGGGAAGCGUGGGGCAGCAAGGGGUGGGGUGGCAAGGGGUGGGGGUGCAGAUGGUGGUUGGGGGGAUGAGUGUGGAUGGGGAGGGGAGACGGUUGCAGCAGGCGCCGUGUCAAGUGCUGGUGGCGACUCCUGCGCGGCUGUUGGAGCACUUGCAGCAGACUCAGGGCAUGCGGAACCGAGUGCAGCAGCUGAAGGUGCUUGUUAUCGAGGACCUAGACCGCAUGGUGGAUAUGGGGUUCACUCGCACCAUACACACCAUCGUUCCGCUCCUCCCACCCACCCGCCAAACGCUGCUCUUCUCAAACGCCCUCUCCAAAGAGAUGAUGGAUAUUUCACAGCACAUGCUCAAGGCAGAUAAUGUAUGUGUCGAUCAGGAGAGUGACUGA